AUGGAGGUUCAGGGGAGUGGGGCUGAGGAGCCCAGGUCCAGGGGUCUGUUGUCCUCACACACCGCCUGGCCCCGGACCAGCCUGAUCAUCACUUUGCUGCUCAGUAAGACUUCUCUGUCUCAGUCAUAUAUCACUUCUCUUUCAUCAAAUCCCUCUCUCUCUGCACCUCUCACUCCCAGGUCGUCCUCUCUCUCUUUCUGUUGAGUAAAGUUUUAGCAAUUUCCCCAAUUCCGCGACCCCAACUGCCCUGUAGUGUGCUAUAAAACAUUUACUGUAUUUGCGAUCUGUAUUUGCUGAUUCUCCAGUUCAAUAGAAUAGACUCAUCACAGUUAAAAUCUUGCUCUCACUUCAGAAUGGUAGGCAACGUUGUGGCAGUUGGCUUUUCACUAUGUGGCAUGAUUGGUGAAAUGUUGUAUCAGAGUUUCAUUUGUGUGGUGGCUAGAAACUGCUGUCAGUUUGUAUGCUGAAGUAUGUUUUAUGGAUAACUAAGCAUACGUUACCAUAUAGAAUAGUGAUUUUAUAAUCUCAGUGUACAUAACACCCCUCUGUUUCACAACCUGAAUCCGAGUUGAUCAAAGCCCUGGCAGCUGCAGCAGUGGGCUAGUGUCUGUUCAGAGGUGUGUCAUUAAAUACAUCAUCCACAUUAUUAUUAUGCAGGACCUAUCAGUGGCCGCCUAUUGCACAAGCAUUCUAUCAUAGCAAUAGUAUUCAUGAGAAUUAAAAGGACUAAAAGAAUAUACAGUGCAUUCGGAAAGUAUUCAGACCCCUUGACUUUUUCCACAUUUUGUAACGUUACAGCCUUAUUCUAAAAUGGAUUAAAUAAAAAAUGUUUCUCAUCAAUCUACACACAAUACCCCCAUAAUGACAAAGCGGAAACAGUUAGUUUUUGUGUGUGCAAAUGUAUUAAAAAUAAAAAACAGAAAAACCUUAUUUACAUAAGUAUUCAGACCCUUUGCAAUUAGACUGGAAAUUGAGCUCAGGUUCAUCCUGUUUCCAUUGAUCAUCCUUGAGAUGUUUCUACAACUUGAUUGGAGUCCACCUGUGGUAAAUUCAAUUGAUUGGAUAUGAUUUGGAAAUGCAUACACCUGUCUAUAUAAGGUCUCACAGUUGACAGUGCAUGUCAGAGCAAAAACCAAGCCAUGAGGUCGAAGGAAUUGUCCGUAGAGCUCCACAACAGAAUUGUGUCAAGACACAGAUCUGGGGAAGGGUACAAAAAAUAUUCUGCAGCAUUGAAGGUCCCCAUGAACACAAUGGCCUCCAUCAUUCUUAAAUCGAAGAAGUUUGGAACCACCAAGACUCUUCCUAGAGCUGGCCGCCCGGCCAAACUGAGCAAUCGGGGGAGAAGGGCCUUGGUCAGGCAGGUGACGAAGAACCCAAUGGUCACUCUGACAGAGCUCCAGAGUCAUUUGCAGCACUCCACCAAUCAGGCCUUUAUGGUAGAGUGGCCAGACAAAGCCACUCAUCACUAAAAGGCACAUGACAGCCCGUUCGGAGCCAAAAGGCACCUAAAGGACUCUCAGACCAUGAGAAACAAGAUUCUCUGGUCUGAUGAAGCCAAGAUUGAACUCUUUGGCCUGAAUGCCAAGCGUCAUGUCUGGAGGAAACCUGACACCAUCCCUACGGUGAAGCAUGGUGGUGGCAGCAUCAUGUUGUGGAGAUGUUUUUCAGCUGCAGGGACUGGAAGACUAGUCAGGAUCGAGGGAAAGAUGAACAGAGCAAAGUACAGAGAUCCUUGAUGAAAACCUGCUCCAGAGCGCUCAGGACCUCAGACUGGGGCGAAGGUUCACCUUCCAACAGGACAACGACGCUAAGCACAUAGCCAAGACAACGCAGCAGUGGCUUCGGGACAAGUCUCUGAAUGUCCUUGAGUGGCCCAGCCAGAGCCCGGACUUGAACCCGAUCUAACAUCUCUGGAGAGACCUGAAAAUAGCUGUGUAGCGACACUCCCCAUCCAACCUGACAGAGCUUGAGAGGAUCUGCAGAGAAGAAUGGGAGAAACUCCCCAAAUACAGGGGUGCAAAGCUUGUAGCAUCAUACUCAAGAAGACUCUAGGCUGUAAUCGCUGCCAAAGGUGCUUCAACAAAGUACUGAGUAAAGGGUCUGAAUACUUAUGUAAAUGUGAUUUUUCAGUUUUUUAUUUUUAUAAAUUUGCAAACAUUUCUAAAAAUCUGUUUUUGCUUUGUCAUUAUGGGGUAUUGUGUGUAGAUUGAUGAGGGGAAAAAACUAUUUCAUCCAUUUUAGAAUAAGGCUGUAACGUAACAAAAUGUUGAAAAAAUCAAGGUUUCUGAAUACUUUCUGAAUGCACUGUAAGUACUUUAUCGAUAUCAGACAUUACCAGUUUAACACAUCAUUUUAUUUUGCCUUUACAGUAAACACACAACUAAGAGCUUUUGUGCAACAUGGAGUUACUGUAUAGAUUUUUCUUUAGCUUUUAACUCUGAGUCAAUUUGUUUCAACAUUUCAGUGUGACGAGAAGCUCCUCUGCAGACCCAGGUUAAUAGAGUAAUAAUGCAGUUGGCUGGUAUCAGUGGAAGUGCAGUGGGGUAAUGGGGACUGGUCUGAGAUGAAGGGAGGGAUGGUAUCAUGGCAGCAGCAUCUGCUAUGUGAAAUAUCAUGGUCAUAUUAUUAACAGUUGGACAGACCAGGAGCUGUCAGCCAGGCUCAGUCAGGCUCAGGUUCAGGCUCUGAGGUUCUCACGCUCUGAGCCAACAGGACUGCAGGACAAGUCCAGCAUUACACCCCGUCCCUCCCCUCCAGCCAAAUUAUGCCUCAGUGUCUGCAAUUCACCUAUUUCAUAUCCACACGAUUGCUGGGUCAUUUAGGACAUACUGUAGGCUCAUAGUUUAGUGGAUUUGCUGAGUCUAUCAACAUUUUUGUCUAAAAUGUUAGAUAGUGUUCAUGAUGUGUGCUCAGUUCUGGUUCUAUGGAUGGUAUAGUUGUACAGGUAGGUCUAUGAGGUUUCAUGCUAGAAUUGUUCUUGAAAGAGACACAUGUAGGUUAGAAAGUAGAGUAUCACUGUUCCAGUUAGAAGCCUAGCACAAGAGAGAACCUCACAAAUGACAGUUUGGAAACAAAGUAAUUACAUAAGCAACACAGUGGAGACUGCUUCUGACAGAAUCCAUAGGAGGGUCUAGGAUCAGGGUGCCUUUAUUUUUCUGGGACAAUUACCAUGUGAAAUGUCCUGGGGUAUGAUGUCCUGGUUUGGCUCUGAAUGGGAUUUGGAAUGGGGCUGAGUCUUUGCUGUAUUAUGUCAACCUUACUGGAUUUGUCUCUUACCUUCUUAUUUGUCCAUAUAGGUUAACCAGCCCCUUUGAGCCAUAUCCUGUAGAACCUGCACUAUCUUCAGUUACAACUAUAUAUCAGUGGUCACCAAACAGCAGAGAAAAUAUACAGACAGACAGAUGCAGGGUUGUCACUAGUUUACACAGCCACAAAGUCUUAAUUAUGACUAAACUCUGCCCAUUUCCACAAUUUAUCUUCUUAAAAUCAGAUUUUAAACCUAACCUUAACAUUAAAUUAAGACCAAAAAGCACAUUUUUGUAGCCAAUAUUUUACUGUGGCUGUGGAAUCUGAUUUUGUGGCUGUGGUACCUAGUUCAAACCCAGAUGCAGAAUCACAAUGCAGAGAGAGAGAGAGAGAGAGAAGAGAGAGUAGAGAGAGGAGAGAGAGAGAGAGAGAGAGAGAGAGAGAGUCAGAUAGAGAGGAUGAGAGAGGGAUAGCGAGAGAUAGAGAAGAUAAGACUAUCGUCUACGCUCUCUCUAUCUCUCCUCUACGCAUCUCUCGCUGCUAGGGACUGAGAGUCUCAUCUCUCUCUUCUCCGGGCUCUUCUCCUCUCUCUCCUUCUCUCUCCCUCUCUUCUCUUAUCCUCUCGUCUCUCUCUCUCUCUCUCUCUCUCUCUCUCUCCUCUCCUCUCUAAGCACGAGUCUCUUCUCUCUCUCAUCUCUCCUCGCUCUCUACUUCUCCUCUCAUGGUCUCUCUUCUCCUCUCCUCUCGUCCAUCCGGCACUAUCAAAGUCUUCUCUCUCUCAACUCUCCUACUCUCAUCUCCUCCUGUCUCUGGCAUCUAGAUGUCAAUCUCCUCUCUCUCUCUCUCUCCUCUCCUCUCCCUCUCUCCGCUCCCUCCUGCCUCUAUCUCUCUCCUCCCUAGGAGAGCGAUCGAUCGAUCUCUGCCCUGUGGGUCGUUCCAUUUCAUUCCAGCAAGCCAUGACACCCACUAUCUCAGAUUAUUCUGUAGUUACAAACGGAUAACUUUAGCAUUCCUGCAACAUUAUUUUGUUGAAAAACCCACCCACGGACCCACCACACCAAUCCCACCCUAACAAUGAGGAUACUGUAUAAUUUCUCUAUGUCUGACAAGUAGUAUGGAGCUGCGGCUCUGAGUAUAGUUUCUUCAUCCUAUGUAAUGUAUUCUCAGUGAAUUUUGUGUUCCCCCCCCCUUUUCAGAGAAAUUAGUCAUGGAAGUGCAACCUUCAUCCUGAUAUUACCAGGUUCUGACCACUAGAUGGUGCUGUUUCUACUUUAAUUUUAAUUUGAAAGAACCCCCCUUCAAUGUUAAAGGGAUAGUUCACCCAAAUUACAAAAUUACAUAUUAGUUUCCUUACCCUGUGAAGGCGUCAGCAUGCUUCCAUUCGGCUGGCGCCUAGCCAAACUCAGCUACCAAACCAAACAAGUGUGCUCGCAUACUCCCUUAAAAGACCUUUACUUGAAAAAUGACAAAAGAAGUGGCAACAGUACUGUUUGUCCAUUUUGAGACACCAUCUAGUGGUCAGGACCUUUUUUUGUCUUGUUUACCUGCACUGUUGGAGCCCGGAGCAUAAGAUUUUCAAUGUACCCUGCAAUUACAUCUGCGCCCCUGUACAUAUCACUAAUAAACUAAAUCUAAUAUAUUUUAUAUUUUUUUGUAUUUUACACACUUUUUCUCCAAAAUGUUGAUCUUGUCUCAUCGCUGCAACUCCCCAACGGGCUCGGGAAAGGCGAAGGUCGAAUCAUGCGUCCUCCGAAACAUGACCCGCCAAACAGCGCUUCUUAACACCCGCCCGCUUAACCCGGAAGCCAGCCGCACCAAUGUGUCAGAGGAAACACUGUUCAACUGACGACCGAAGUCAGCCUGCAGGCGUCCCGGCCGCCACACAAGUCACUAGAGCGCAAUGAGCCAAGUGAAGCCCUGCUGGCAAAACCAUCCCCUAACCCGGACGACGCUGGGCCAAUUGUGCGCCGCCUUAUGGGACUCCCGGUCAUGUGACAAAGCCUGGGAUCGAACCCGGGUCUGUAGUGACGCCUCAAGCACUUAGACCGCUGCGCCACUCCGGAGGCAAACUAAAUCUAAUCUAAUCUAAACCUGGUAAUGUCAAGAUGUAGGAUGGGACAUAAACCUAACAAUUCCAAUGACAAAUGUCUCUGAACAGGGGAAAAAACACAAAAUUAAUUGUAAAUACAUUACAUAGGAUGAAGAAACAGUUCUCAUACUACUUGUCAGACAUAGAGAACUGAUACUAUAUACUCGUUGUUGGAGUGGGAUUGGCGUGGGUUGUGGAGGGUGGCUUUUGACAAUUUCUUUGGAUUCCUCAUGUCUAACUCAUUGUAAGAAAAAAGUUGGGCCCAAAUCGGAUGUUAGGUGCUAUAUUUAUUGAAUAUUAUAUGAAUCCUAUAAAUUGCAAUCAAUUAGCUUAAUUUCUCAGAGAUCAAAUUAUAUUUCAACAAAAUAAUGUUGCAAAAAUGCUAAUCUAACAACAGAAACAAUUUCAGAACACUCUGAGAUGGUGGGUGUCGAAAUCCUCUUUCUUGUGCUUUUUGAGGUGGAACGACCCCUGUGUGAGUUUCUGCAGCAUUACUGUGCUGCAUUGGGGCAGAGAGAGAUAGUGUGUGUGUUCGUGUGUGUGUGUGUAUGUGAAAGAGAAAAAGAGGGAAGGAGUCUGUGAGUGAAGGAGUCAUUUUGCUCCCCCACUGUGCAGCCCUCACUGGAGUUUACAGCCAUGUAUUAUCCCAAACUGCAGGGGGAUGGGCUUGUCCAAACCUGACCUUGAGUUGGUUAUUGAUGAUGUGUCACACAGCUGAGGUGUGAUGUAAAAACAGAGAGGGAGGAAAAAUGUUCAGGAAUGGGGGCUGCAGAGGGACAAACAGAGCAAGAGAAAAUGGGAUAGAAAGGGACAGACAGGACAGUUAAUACUAUCGUUUAGUGAAUUUGAGGAGAGGACAGACUGGGCAGAGGGAGAAAGUGUGUGAGCAGCAUUACUGUAUAGUCCCAGUGAGUGUAUGUACCCAGACUAACCAUCCAUCAUCUUUAGGUCCACUUGAGAAGUGUUGGUGUUGGCAUUAUCUGGAUUGUGUUAAAGAGGUGGUGGGACCUGCGUUUUUUGGAUUCCCUUAAAGGGGAGAUGAGCCCGAACUCAUUUGCUAAUUACUGAGUUUAAUGAGCCUGCAUUGAGUUAAAUGGCCUCACAACAUCCCAAACACUGUAAUAAAAUACUACACACACACAUUUACAUUUACGUCAUUUAGCAGACGCUCUUAUCCAGAGCGACUUACAAAUUGGUGCGUUCAACUUAUGAUAGCCAGUGGGACAACCACUUUUUUUUGUGGGGGAGGGGAAGGUAGAAUGAUUACUUUUAUACUAUUCCAGGUAUUCCUUAAAGAGGUAGGGUUUCAAGUGUCUGUGUAAGGUGUAAAUGUUGUAGAGCAUGAACCUGCAGGAUCGGGUCACCGCUUUGAUGUUAGCGGAGAACGACAGGGUGUUGUCCUGGGUCACGCCAAGGUUCUUUGCACUCUGGGAGGAGGACACAAUGGAGUUGUCAACCGUGAUGGCGAGAUCAUGGAGCGGGCAGUCCUUCCCCGGGAGGAAGAGCAGCUUCGUCUUGCCGAGGUUCAGCUUGAGGUGGUGAUCCGACAUCCACACUGAUAUAUCUGCCAGACAUGCAGAGAUGCGAUUCGCCACCUGGUUAUCAGAAGGGGGAAAGGAGAAAAUGAAUUGUGUGUCGUCUGCGUAGCAAUGAUAGGAGAGACCAUGUGAGGAUAUGACAGAGCCAAGUGACUUGGUGUAUAGAGAGAAUAGGAGAGGGCCUAGAACUGAGCCCUGGCGGACACCAGUGGUGAGAGCACGUGGUGCAGACAGAUUCUCGCCACGCCACCUAGUAGGAGCGACCUGUCAGGUAGGACGCAAUCCAAGAGUGAGCAGCGCCGGAGAUGCCGAACUCAGAGAGGGUGGAGAGGAGGAUCUGAUGGUUCACAGUAUCAAAGGCAGCAGAUAGGUCUAGAAGGAUAAGAGCAGAGGAGUGAGAGUUAGCUUUAGCAGUGCAGAGAGCCUCCGUGACACAGAGAAGAGCAGUCUCAGUUGAAUGACCAGUCUUGAAACCUGACUGGUUUGGAUCAAGAAGGUCAUUCUGAGAGAGAUAGCAGGAGAGUUGGCUAGAGACGGCACGCUCAAGAGUUUUGGAGAGAAAAGAAAGAAGGGAUACUGGUCUGUAGUUGUUGACAUCGGAUGGAUCGAGUGUAGGUUUUUUGAGGAUAUGGCCAGCGGUCAAGGAUGAGUUGAUGAGCGAGGUGAGGUAAGGGAGAAGUUCUCCGGAAAUGGUCUGGAGAAGAGAGGAGGGGAUAGGGUCAAGCAGGCAGGUUGUUGGGCGGCCGGCCGUCACAAGUCGCAAGAUUUCAUCUGGAGAGAGAGGGGAGAAAGAAGUCAAAGCAUAGGGUAGGGCAGUGUGAGCAGGACCAGCGGUGUCAUUUGACUUAGUAAAUGAGGAUCGGAUGUCGUCAACCUUCUUUUCAAAAUGGUUGACGAAGUCAUCCACAGAGAGGGAGGAGGGAGGGGGUGGAGGAGGAGGAUUCAGCAGGGAGGAGAAGGUGGCAAAGAGCUUCCUAGGGUUAGAGGCAGAGGCUUGAAAUUUAGAGUGGUAGAAAGUGGCUUUAGCAGCAGAAACAGAGGAAGAGAAUGUAGAGAGGGAGUGAAAAGAUGACAGGUCCACAGGGAGUCUAGUUUUCCUCCAUUUCCGCUCGGCUGCCCGGAGCCCUGUUCUGUGAGCUCGCAAUGAGUCGUCAAGCCACGGAGCAAGAGGGGAGGACUGAGCCGGCCGGGAGGAUAGGGGACAUAGAGAGUCAAAAGAUGCAGAAAGGGAGGAGAGGAGGGUUGCGGAGGCAGAAUCAGGAGAUCGGAGGGAGAAGGAUUUAGCAGAGGGAAGAGAUGAUAGGAUGGAAGAGGAGAGAGUAGCGGGAGAGAAAGAGCGAAGGUUGUGACGGCACAUUACCAUCUGAGUAGGGGCAGAGUGAGUAGUGUUGGAGGAGAGCGAGAGAGAAAAGGAUACAAAGUAGUGGUUGGAGACUUGGAGGGGAGUUGCAGUGAGAUUAGUAGAAGAACAGCAUCUAGUAAAGAUGAGGUCAAGCAAUGCCUGCCUUGUGAGUAGGGGGGGACGGUGAGAGGGUGAGGUCAAAAGAGUAAAGGAGUUGAAAGAAGGAGGCAGAGAGAAAUGAGUCAAAUGCAGACGUAGGGAGGUUAAAGUCACCCAGAACUGUGAGGGACUUAUCAAGGCGUCAAGCUCAUUGAUGAACUCUCCAAGGGAACCUGGAGGGCGAUAAAUGAUAAGGAUGUUAAGCUUGAAUGGGCUAGUAACUGUGACAGCAUGGCAUUCAAAUUAGGAGAUAGACAGAUGGGUCAGGGGGAAAAGAGAGAAUGUCCACUUGGGAGAGAUGAGGAUUCCUGUGCCACCGCCGCGCUGACCAGAUGUUCUCGGGGUAUGCGAGAACACAUGAUCAGACGAGGAAAGAGCAGUAGGAGUAGCAAUGUUUUCUGUGGUAAUCCAUGUUUCCGUCAGCGCCAAGAAGUCGAGGGACUGGAGGGUAGCAUAAGCUGAGAUGAACUCUGCCUUGUUGGCCACAGAACGGCAGUUCCAGAGGCUGCCGGAGACCUGGAACUCCACGUGGGUCGUGCGCGCAGGGACCACCAGAUUAGAGUGGCAGCAGUCACGCGGUGUGAAGCGUUUGUAUGGCCUGUGCAGAGAGGAGAGAACAGGGAUAGACAGACACAUAGUUGACAGGCUACAGAAAAGGCUACAAUAAUGCAAAGGAGAUCGGAAUGAAAUUAACUAAACAUCUGGGAAAGCGAGAGAGUGGGGCCUCCCUCACUUACGUUUCACUGAAACACUCAAAUAUAACUCUCCCAACUUCCACUUUAGAAAUUAUAAUUGUUGUAAACUACAGCGGUUCAAUGUUUUCUAGGAAUAGACUCUAACUUAGUUUAUUCAGCUAGCUAAUUUGGUACAGUGUUCUUCCGUGAAAACCGCCCAGGGCACCGUAUCCUAUGACGCCAUAGCUAACUAGCAUGCUAGCUUCCAAUAACACGGUUUAGCACCAAUACUCGGUUAUAACAAACUACCAAUAGUGUGUUAACACGCUAAACAGAUCAUUUGUGUCGUGUCUAACGUUGUGUAAAGUUUUGGGGUUCGUUUUGACAGUUUGAGUGAGUACGUCGUCAACUUAUUCAGCCAGUUAGUUAUCUAGCUAGAAUAGUUAGCAUAUUAGCUAGCCAAUGCUCUCUGUCAACGAACCAACCCCUCCUCCCACGGUAUGAAACACACAGAGAGAGCCAAGCUAACGUUAACUAGUCACCCAUGUCUUGAAUUCCUUUUGAACGACUCUGGUUACCAGUAUGUAAAAAUAAAAUAAAAAUAUAUGUAGGUUAUAACUUACCCUUAGUAGCUACUGUUAGCUAGUUAAGUGUAAAGCUAGCUACUGAAUCGAUUUAGCCAGUUCGCGUCUGUCCCGUUAACGCUUCAGAUAAUGAAGUUAGAAAAACAGCUGAAUGGUAGGUAGCUAGCUGGCAUAAUUACAGGUACUCUUAAGCGUGAAAUAACAUUGGAAACAACUAUCCACAGUUGCUAAUAGUUACCUGUAGCUACCCGCUAGCUAGCUAGCUUUAUUGGUCCAGGUAAUGGGUUAGCUAGCCUCGUGCUUCACCGGGCUCAGCCGAAUACAAUACUUACCUACAAUAAUUACCUACAAUAACUACCUAGAUAAACUACCUACAAUACCUAACUACCAUACCUACCUACAAUCUAAAUACAUGGUUUAAGCUUUAUUCGACACCAUAUAAAGAAGAAGCAAAGCUUACCUCCCGCUUAGAGAAACACAAUCUCACCCCAUCGCCACCUCUCUCACACACACACACACACACACGUACACACACACACACACACACACACACACACACACACACACACACACACACACACACACACACACACAAUAACUGUACAUACAGAUGUAGGAUCUUAAUUUGAGCAAGUUUGCUACAGCAGGAAAAUAAUCCUGCAGCAACAGGAAAUGUAAAUUAUUAUGUGGAUAAAAAUUAAUGGACAUUUUUUGUAGGGGUUGAAACAUUUUUCAUUUCAAAGGGGAAAUUACACAUUUUAGACGCCUUUUUAAAAGCUCACAAACACCACAAGUUUAAAAUGUCCUACAUUUCCUGCUUAUGUUAUUUUUUGUAUUAUAUUGUUAUUGAUAACUGCAUUGUUGGUUUUAGAGCUUGCAAGAAAGUCUCUCUCUCUCUCUCUCUCUCUCUCUCUCUCUCUCUCUCUCUCUCUCUCUCUCUCUCUCUCUCUCUCUCUCUCUCUCUCCCUCUCUCCCUCUCCCUUCCCCCUCACAGAGUGCAGCACAAUUUGACAGGGUUGUAAAAGAGAGGAGCUGGCUUGUUAUGCACUUGUUAAGUAAAAUAGAUGAUAUUUCAGGAAGGAUUUAAUUCUGGAAACAGUAUCCAUUGAAAUGUUGAAACCACAUGAGUAGACUGUGUACUUUAAUUUCUUACUCAGGUGUGUGUUGUCUUUUCCCUUUCUGUAUUUCUCAGUAGUAUUGUGUACUACCUUUUACAUUCUCCCUCCCAGGUGUGUGGUCUGCUCAGGGCCUGGAGAUGUCCACAGGGAAGGUCCCGUUCCUGGAGGCGUUGAAUGGCAGUACUGUGGUGCUACCCUGCACCUACGCCAGCUGUAUCGGCAUCAAAAACCUUUACUUCAACUGGCAGUACAACGACAACGGCACUAUGCAGAAGGUGGGUCAGAGCUGCCCUGGCCCACUGCAACAACAGCAGCCACACAACUACUGUCAUUUAUGUCAGCUCAGAUCUCACACAGAUAGCGGCAGGGCUGGGAUAUUCAAAGUCAGUGUGGGGAGGUUAUAUUUUCAAGUGUUCUAAUUUAGGGGGUGAAGAUCAAUGGUUUUCUGCAUCAGUAAGUGAUAUCUCUAAUGUGAGUGUUUGAUUGGAGUUGUGGUCAGAUAUUGUGAGUGUCAGAUGAUUGACGACUGCCUGGUCCUCUCAGGUGUGUGAGUCUGUGAUUCCGUCAGACGGGAUGGAUCCCCAUCCAGUGAGUAUCUACCGGGAGCGGGUGGAGUUUAUCGGCACCAGUGAUCACAACAACAUCUCCAUCCUGCUUUCGAACAUCACCUUCGAGGACGAGGGCCAGUACACCUGCUUCGGACGCAACCCCAAAGAGAAGGGCAAGAACCACAGCGCUAUCUUUACCCUUGUCGUGGUGGACGAGUGUGAGUAAUAACUAGCGUUCUCUUUGCUUUACUGCAGGCAGAUCAUAUACUGUAGGUCCUCUGGUGCUGCCAAUGGGCAGGGCGGGUAGUCAGGUACUAUAUGGGCAACAACAUCUAGAUGUGUUGUGCUGUGUACGAUGCACUGUAGGUAGGUACUGUCUGUCUGAUCACCCUCUACCUUCUCCUCUCCCUGGUUCCUUCUCGGUAGUACGAGUGGUGGACAACACUCUCACCAUCAUAAUUGCUUCUGCAGUGGGCGGAGCCAUCGCCCUGCUGAUGACUUUCAUGCUGGUGAAGAACUUCAUCCUCUUCGUUCUCUUCAAAAUCGAGGAGAAGAAGUGAGUAAGACAGAUAUAGGGCCACAGAGAGUAGCGAACUGGCCAUCCACACAGAGAAACACCUUUAGCUCAUCUUGGUGCCUCCAAACUGGAUUAAAGCAUCAAUACAGUCGGGCUACAAUGUCAAAUACGUAGAAAAAGCAGGUGUCUCUUCUAACCCUCCUCUUUCCUCUGCUCCUCCCAUCCACAGAAAGAUCGAGUGCCUUGUACAAUCUUCCUCAGCAGAUGAAACAAACAAUGUCUCAGGAUCCAAAACUUCAAAACCAACGACACCAAAGAAGAAAUGAGAGUACUUGCAUGUAUGUACAUCCAUAUAUAAAUAUACAGUUAUAUCUAUGCAUAUAUUUAUAUGCACAAACAUGUGUACGCACUCAUGUGACUCCAUGGGCAGGUUUCUUGGGCAGGUUUUUUGGACUGAGAAGCACGUCUGAUGGAGAUUCUUCAUUGAAAGUGUUUGUUAGUCCAAUAAGCUUAGGCUGUGUCCGGGAAACCGCCCCCAUAUGUUCAAGUUGAUAUAUUGUUUAAAAGAAACUCUUAAACCUAGGACUGUUUUUCAUAAGAUAAUUUUAAAAAAUGUAUUAAUUGAAAAUACGCUUGAAAUGGGGAAUAAUGCGAUGUCAUAAUGUUGUUUAAACUGUACUGGAUCCUGCUCCUCUCUUCACCAACCCCACUACCCUGGGCUUAACUGAAACUGUCUACAAAUUCAAAUAUUGUGUUUUGUGGAAAAAAAUAUGGGAUAUUAUUCACUGUCUAAUUCAAUCUCCAGUGACAUUAUGCCACUUCAGAUUCAGCUUCAGUCCUAUUCAGUAAUGCUCUGAUUCACAUAGAGUUGAGUUUAGUCUAGUGUUGUCUAGAUAGAAUACAAUGAUAUUAACUAUGCCUAUCAAAAGUGAUUCAUUAAGCCUAUUUUAUAAUAUUUAGAAACAAAGGUCUCUAAAAGGGUGAUGCUGUGGUGAGGAGUUAGAAAGGAUCCAGUUCAGAACUGAAUACACUUUCUUUGCUUGAUAUAAAACACUGGUGCCUGUUAGCGCUUCUAUCUUCCUCUGCUGAUAGGGAAGACUAAAUACUGAAAAACCAUUUACCAAAUGCAGCAAAACGCAAGCGAAUAAUACUGCAAGCUGAUGAAUGAAAUUAUAGACAAUCCCUUGAAACCAACCCCCUAGAAAAAAAGAAUAAACCUCUAAUAAUGCUGCUUUUAAGACAAAUUACCUUUUAAUGCAUUUAUAAGCAUGUGAAACCCCAGGGCAGAUUUAGAGACACAAUGCUUGACAAUAGACAUGUACUCUCUCUUGUGUUCUUUUCUUGAAUCCAAGAUUUAACCACAUGUAAUGUGGUAAGUUCUAUUUGCUUUGAAGCUGGAUCUAAAUCUCCUCAUAUCAUGCCAACCCCCACUACAUCCAGUGUGCCAACCAUGGUUGGCAAGGCUAUGCACACUAUUUGGUAAAGUGGGUCUUCUGGCUUGAACAUUAACUACCCCCCACAGAAAUACCCGCCACAUUUCUUAUAGUAAGUCACUUACAAAUAGAUCUCUCUUUGCUGUACAGAGCACAUUCACUCAGACCCAUUUUUUUUACACACUGCAAUAAGUACUCAUAAGCUGCAGUGCAGCAGAAUUUAUGAUGGUUCAUUCAUGGCUCAUGAUUCAACACAAAUUCAGCAUAUCCAUCAGCUACAGUCAUUACGGAUACCUUCACUAACUACACCAUAAAGAGAUGCAUGGGGCAGCAGUUAUGUUGCAGGUAGAGUGAAAGACUGGAACAUAUCUUUACUGGACAGUGUAGAAUAGACACACAACUAAUAUCCCAUAUUUAGCCCAUUUAUUGUGCCAAACUGGGAUAACCCUGAGAAACCAACAUCUGAUCAGGAAUGGGAUGUCAUCGGGUUGCUAAGUUACUAUGGAAACCCAUUGCUACUGAACUGCAAUGUCAAGAUACAAUAGUGGCAUGUUUAACUCACUGAAUGUAUUGUUUUCAAAAUACCUCCAGUGCGUGACAGAAUUGAGGGAAAACCAUGUUCAGGGAAGAAGUUCACAUCAAUGUCCAUUGUCCAGGAACUUGCUGAAUCUGUCAUUGUAUAAACAUAACAAAUAUACCUCCCUCAAUCACUUGCUGAACCUGUUUCUAAUGUGGACAAGCCCUGGUAUUGCUGUUCCCAUGGCAUAGCCCUUCAAAUAAAUGCACUGGGUUGUAGCAAUAGCAGGAAGGUCUUUUGGGCACUUUACCUUAGAUAUGUAUAUUAUUUGGCUGUGCUAUUUAUGUGUGUAAACCACAGAGAUGUGUUGUA